AUGCUUAUUUUGAUUAUCUUUGCGGCCCUUCAGCUAGGUCUAUACACGAAUUGUAUCGCAUCACCGACGGCCUCAAUAAGUGCAAAUCAGGACGAAAGUGGGGUGGUCAAAUCACCUUUAGAUGUCUUUGAAGUUCAAGCACCGCUGAGAGCCAGCUAUGAGGGCACGAGUUGCGAGCAAGUUGUCCUGCAGUAUACAUUUGCAGGAAGCUAUGGAACUCCAUACGUUGUGACCUCAUCUGGAAUCAAUUACGAUCGUCUUGGCCUCAUAUAUUUUGGAGACAUCGAAGUAUGGCGCACUACAACAGCAAUGCCAGUCCGGACAGGUAUUUUUGGAACUACCAGAAAGACAUGA